AUGUUGAUCGUUAGUCAAUGUGGUCUUCCCCAGUCGACUCACCUCUUUCGGGUCAUUAUGUUUUUAUGUGUGUUAUUCUCUCACCUCGGUGAAGUUCCCGAGACAUUUAAAACCUUCUAUCAAAAAUUAAUUGGAGCUUUCCAAGACUGUCAAAACUUAAGUUGUAUAAAAUUGCCAAGUCGUCUCUCUGAAAUUAGUUAUAUAGCUUUUUCAGGCUGUCAAGAAUUAUUAGACCUUAAUAUUCCCAAGAGUGUCGAGUCACUCAAAAUGUUAGAAUAUGGUCUGAAGAGUAUUGGAGAAAUUUGUUUCGAUGGGUGUAUUUCAUUGAAUACAAUAGAAAUUCCAGACUCUGUGACUGAAAUUGGUUGGCAUGCAUUUGCCGAGUGUACACAACUCCAAAAAACAAACUUUCAAAAUUAUUUUUCAAUGACUGAAUUUGAGUUUUUGUAUAAGACCAAGUCGAUAAAAAGUAUUCAAUCGUCGUGUUUCAUUGAUUGUAAGUCUUUAAAGUGUAUUUAUAUACCCGAGGGUGUUUUCUAUAUUUCAGAUGAUAGUUUUCUACGAUGUACAUCUCUUUCUAAAAUUACUUUUCCUUACACAGUCGAGUCAUAUGGGGUUCAAAGUUUUAUUGGAUUGGGUGUUAUUUCGCCCCCAUAUUUUUUCACCCUUUAUUUUUUCACCCCCACUUUUCAUUUUUAUUUCAAUAAACAAUUGAAAUUUUGUAACUUCAAUUGA